AUGGAUAUGGGCGGUAUGUCCGGCGGUAUGGACAUGGGUAGCGAGGGGCUAUUCACCGGCGACAACAUGGCGAUUGCGCAUGGCUACUGGUAUGGCAUCGUUGCGGUCACUGGUCUCUUCGCCGUAGCAAGGCUCGUAUCGAUCUUCCAGUAUCGCCAGCGGAUAAAGCGGCAAAGGUUGCAACCUCACACUAUCCCGUCGAGACCGCGGGGCUUGUUGUCGCAGUGCUAUGCAACUUCUACUGCAGUGUGGCGGGAGUUGACCUACGCUCAACCAACCUACUUCACAGGCAAAUUCAGCAAGUACUUCAGCCCGCUACCAAUCGGCCACUGGAUCCUACUCGUCGUGUACUGGACAGCACUCCUGAUCAUGCUUUGGAGCAACGUCAUCCUAAAGCCUGGCGAUUCCAUGUAUGCUUAUAAGUGGGAGAAGGUGGGCUUCCGAGCCGCCUGGGUCACCGUCGCCCAGAUACCGUUCAUCUACUUCUUAUCGAUGAAGUUCACCCCUCUGACGGCCUUGACGGGUAUAUCAUAUGAGCGCAUCAACUGGCUGCAUCGGUGGGCGUCACGAACCGUUUUCCUGACGGCCAUUAUUCAUUGGUCCUUCUUUCUCCGCGAAUGGUGGCUGGCCGAUUUCGUGCAAUUGGAGAUCGAGAUGAUGCCGAUGGUCAAGUACGGCUUUGGAGCGUUCGGAACCAUUGCUUGGAUGGUGUUGUCUGGUUUUGGCGUCUUCCGCGCAAUGAACUACGAGCUCUUCGUCGCGCAGCACAUCGUCGCUGCAGCAUUGGUCCUGUGGCUUCUCUAUUGGCACGUUCCGAGCUAUGCAAGGUACAACAUUUACAUGUCGAUCGGCUUCGUAGGCUUUGAUUGGGGCAUGAGGAUCAUUUGGAAUGUCCUACGCAACGUCCAUGUUCUUAAUAAGCUGCGGCUGAGAACGCCGGGCUACGCUGCAAGCUUGGAGUCUCUGCCCGGAGAUAUGGUGCGCUUGACGAUUGAAGAUGUCGACUUCUCAUGGCGGGCUGGUCAACAUGCGUACCUAUCAAUGCCGGGCUUGCGACCGUUUGAGCUCCAUCCUUUCACCAUCGCAAACGCCUUCCACGACCGGCAGCAGCGGACGCUACGUAUGCUCAUAAAGUCACACAGAGGCUUUUCGAAGAGCCUCCACAAGGCUGCACAGCGCAAUGCAGGCACCACUAGGACGUAUCGUGUAUUCCUGAGCGGACCAUGGGGUGUGCCACCAGCGCUACAGCAGUAUGAGACCGUCGUGCUGGUUGCCGCUGCGAGCGGUGCAUCUUUCAUCUUCCCACUUGCGGAGGAGCUGGUUCGUGCACCGCACUGUGUCCGGAAAAUCAGGCUGCAUUGGAUCAUCAGAUCUGAAGAGUAUCGCGUCUGGUUCCAGGAUACGCUUGCGGCAUUGAUGCGACAAGCGCAGGAGUCUGGACUCGACCUGCAGAUUGAGAUCCAUGUCACCAAGUCUGACACGCCUGACAGGCCGAUGAUACGCAGAUAUGAUACGCUGGUAGGUAAGGCUUCGGAAGGCAAAUCCCUCGUCGCUGUCGAAGCUCGCUCCGACAAGAGCUCCAGUGCGGCCAGCAUGUCUUCUACUGAAGACGAGAAAGCACCGCUCCCACCGAACUCCUGUGGAGACGGCUCGGUUGCCACGCUCGCAAUGGCUUACGGCGGCCGGCCAACCGUGGAGGAGAUGAUCCGUCCACCCGUGGAAGCUGCGCUGGGAGAGACGGCUGUUGUUGUCUGCGGUGGCUUGGCCAUCACGGCACAAUCCAGAACUUUCGUUGCUGCGCUCUCUGACGAGCGUGCUGUUCAUAAAGGAACGGGUGCGCAAGGCAUAUAUUUAUUCACUGAGACAUACGGGUGGUAA